AUGGAGAAAGAUUUUAAAUAAGAGCAAGCUCAAAGCAAGUCUACAGAUAAUAGUAUGUAAUCAGCCCAAGAAUAAAAUUAGUAAUAAUACUUGUCAUUUUGGCAUAUAUUAAGUAAUGUGCUAGUUUCAAAUCUUGGAAUUUUAUAUUUUGGAUAUUAAAUUUCAGUUAUGUCUUUAGCUCAGAAUACAGUUUUUGUAGUUUAUAGCUUAAAAGAAAGUCAAUAUAAUUUUUAUUCAUCUCUUCUCAGUGCUGCUAUUCCAUUUGGUGCAAUAUUUGGAGCUAUUAUACCUGGUAGUCUUCUUUUGCAUAGCUCUAGAAAAAACUCUAUGAUAUUUUCAGAUAUAAUUGCUACAAUCUUUGCGUUUUUAAGCUUAUAUGAUGAUAUAAAUGUGCUUUUAUUAACAAGAUUUUUAGCAGGAUUUAUCUUAGGGUUAAAUAGUUCUUUAGUCCUUAAAUAUACUAAUGAAAUAACUCCAAUUAGCUUAACAGGUAUCAUGGGUAUUGUCUAUAGUAUUGCUAUAACAUUUGGAAUAUUAAUAGCAAGUAUAAAUGGGCAAUUCUUUAGUGAAAAUCCAAAUAAAGAAGAUAAAUACAUUUAUUUUGUACUUUUAUUUCCAAUAGUAUUUACAAUUAGUAGACCAAUUUUACUUUUAGUUUUCUUCAAUCAUGAUACUCCAUUCUAUUAUAUUGUUAGCAAUUAAUCUGAAAAAUGUAGAGAAUUUCUUAUGCAAAUUUACAAACCAUAAUAUGUUGAUCAAAUCUUAUAAGAAGUUUAAUAAGAAGCUGCUAAAUAAGGAAUCUAAGAAAAAGCUCAGACUUAAAAUAGUAAACCUUUCUUUGUAGGAUGUGUAUUAUAAAUUAUUUAACAAUUUUCAGGAAUUAAUGCAGUCCUUAUGUAUUUAGGCUAAAUAUUCUAGAAAGAACAUUUCUCAUUUAGAAUGACUAACUUACUGACCUUGGCAUCCAAUUUUAUAUUCUUGAUUUCUGCUUUUUUGAGUUACUUUUUUGUAGAAAAGUACUCUAGACGUGGUAUUCUUAUGUCAGGUUCUACAUUAUCAGGAAUUUUCCUUCUUUCACUAGCUAUUUUAUAUAUUAUUGAUAAUUAAUAACUAUAGUUUCUUUAGUUCAUUUUGAUUAGCUGUUAUUACGUUGCAUUUAACUUUUCUCUCGGACCUGUAAUUUGGUUGUAUUGCUCUGAAAUUCUUUAAUCAAAAGAAUUUAGCAUAGCUACAAGCAUCAACUGGAUAUGUGCUACAAUAGUUGUUGUUUCCAUACCAUAUUUUGAUAAAUUAUGGCCACUAUUUAUAUUCUUUUCUCUUGUUUGUUUUUUUUGCACAAUCUUCACUCUUUUGAUUGUAAAAGAAACAAAGGAUAAAAGUAAAAUAGAAAUCAUUAAUUUAUAUAAUCCUCACUAAUCAGAUUUAUAAGGUGAGUAUUAAAGUAUUAAUAAAAACACUCCAGAUAGUGUUAGUUAUGUAGACUGA